UAGACCCUACAAGCAGGCCGGCCAUGGGGACGACGGGUCCAGGACAGCAGAACGACCAAGGGCAUCACCUGCUUAAGGCCCGUUUGUCUUUGGGUAGGAUCAGUUUUGGGGAUAUAAAAAUGUUAACGUACGCUGCCCUACCUUAUGCCCAAGUCCGUCUGAACUCUGACGUCUCUCUCUCUCGGCCUCGCCUCGCUUCACUUUCACAAUUGAGCUGACUCUCGAGUUGUUCUGAACCAAGUGAUACCCAGCAACUCUCUCGACUGUCGCCCUCUCCAAAUCUGGCUCACGAAAGUCUUUCACUCUCUCUUGUCUCUUAAUCUACUUGCCCUCUUCUCUCGAACUCCAAGUCUCUGGCUCUCUUAGUCUUAAGCAACCGAUUUAGACUUUUGAAUUGCUGAAAGACAAACAAAUGGCUUUCGUUCUUGAAGUGCCGGUAAAUCUACUUGGACGACACCAAAAUCUUGUUUCAUUCUCUAGCAGUAGAAGACCGUCAAACUUUAUUAAUUUUACCAGAAAACAAAGGUGUAAAUUGUCAAUGAGCUCAACAAUUCAGAGCCUCGAUGAGAAGCAUUUGGAUCCUGCAAACGAUCUUGCUCUACCGAUCAUGGUCAAUAGUUGUACGGGCAAAAUGGGCCAGGCAGUUAUUGAAGCCGGAAUAUCUGCAGGGCUUCAUAUUGUUCCAGCAUCAUUUGGCAUUCAACAAGAUGCUGGGAAAACGAUUCAAGUCGGAGGGAAAGAUAUUCAAGUGCACGGUCCCUCUGAUAGAGAGACCACUCUAUCAUCUCUUGUCGAAGAAUAUCCAAAUCUGAUCAUUGUGGACUUCACAGUACCUAAUGCUGUGAAUGAUAAUGCUGAAUUAUAUUGCAAAACUGGAGUUCCUUUCGUGAUGGGAACCACCGGUGGAGACAGGGAUCUUCUGUAUAAAACUGUUGAAGACUCAAAGGUUUAUGCUGUGAUCUCUCCUCAAAUGGGAAAACAGGUUGUGGCAUUCCUUGCAGCCAUGGAAAUUAUGGCCAAGCAAUUUCCUGGAGCAUUCUCUGGAUAUACACUAGAGGUGUUGGAGUCUCAUCAGUCUACCAAGUUGGACACAUCUGGAACAGCAAAGGCUGUCAUUUCAUGUUUUCAGAAACUGGGAGUCUCCUUCGACUUAGAUGAGGUACAAUUGAUACGAGAUCCAAAACAACAGAUUGAAAUGGUUGGUGUUCCAGAGGAGCACCUUAAUGGCCAUGCAUUCCAUAUGUACCAUCUCACAUCCCCUGAUGGAACAGUUUCUUUCGAGUUUCAGCACAACGUUUGUGGGAGAUCUAUUUAUGCAGAGGGUGCCAUUGAUGCUGCACUUUUUCUUGCUAAGAAGAUCCAAUCAAAAGCAGAUAAGAAGAUAUAUGACAUGAUUGAUGUCUUGCGCGAAGGUAGCAUGCGUUGAACGAUGAUAUUUGGAGUAUUAGCAUACAUGAGAUUUAGUCAAAAAUAUGGAUCCGUUUGGUAGCUCUGAUCAAACACGAAGUCUGUAAGUGGAAGUCAAUCAUCCUAUUUUGUGUUUACAGUUAUUGUUUAGGCCUCUGCUUCAAAUGCUUUUAUCAGUUUCCUUAAGAAACCUGAGUCUGAGAUUUUUGCUCAUUGUUUCUAAAUGAGAAGGGAAUUUUGCCAUAUUUUACUUUCUACAUGCAGGAAGAUGAAACCAGUGGCAUUGUAACCAACAUUUUGUGGAUUUAUGAUGACUUCUUUUGGUUACUAUCUUGGAGAUGAAUGAAUGUCUGCAAGCCUGUUAAGGCUCUUCCACC